CUUCCUACUCCACUGGGUUUAUCAACACAAAAGUUUCUGAAUUAAGAGAAUAAGGAGAAGCCUUUCCUAACGAUCUGCAAGUCAUUCUCUUAAAGGAUUCAGAAAUCGAUUCUGAAAGGCAGAUCUGAAAAGCAGGCAAAUGUGGACCGUAUGACUUGAUAUAUGAUAGCCGACUGAAAACAGUCAAGUAAAUUACACCUACCCAUUGGUCACAGGAAUAAGUAAAAACAGUAACAGGAAGAUGGCAGCAGAAAAACCAAGAGUCCAUAAAAUCCAACUCCAACAGAAGUACUGGCUAAAGAACACAAGUAAAGCCAAGUUGCUGCAGCUUGGCGCAAUAUGCAUGGAUACGGUUACUGACCAAGAACACUAUUAUGACACCACUUUGCAUGAGCUAGCACAGGCUCAAACCUGGCUUUAUCAAAAAAACCAACAGUGGUAUCUCCUAGUAGAUUCUCAGAAACAGGAAACUAGAGACAAUGCAACAACCUUUGAAUUAUUAUCCCCUGAGAUACGGAAUCCUCCACAUUUGAACAAAACAGAAACCAGUCAAAAUGUCCAACUCAACACCCACAGUUACACCAAAAAUUUCCCAGAAAAGAAACCAACAGGAUUAGAACACACUACAAAGCAAGGUGAUCUGCAUUUUUAUUCUAACAAAGCAGCCCAGGCAAAUGUAUAUAUGGAACCUAGUUCAAUUUAUACUGAACUGGUAAUAGAAAGAGAGAUCAUUGCAUAUUUAGCACACUUUUUUCACAUAAAUUUGACAGAGGACGAAAGAAGCAUGACAAUGAAAGACUUUUUACGGUUGGUUGGAAUCCAACAUUAUGCAAGCAAUCACACUACCAAGCAGGUAACUUACACACUGUAUGGCAUUUAUACAAUUAUAAUACAAAGGGAUGAAAGGAUCCCCAAGGAGUCAAGUAUUAUACUGGUCGAUACGGACAUUCUAAAUGUUGCCAGAGGUUUUGAAAGAAUAGAAAAGUUAGCAAAUGAACUGGAGUUUCAACAACAAACACCGUAAGUCAAUAAAAACAAACCAUGCAUCAAGUCACAGAAAUUUGAAAAAAGAACUCAAGUUCAUGAAGGAUCAAUAUUGAGAUUAAUCAACUAUAAGAAAAUGCUUAACCUGUGUAUACUGUAUAAUACCAGAACAUAAAAACCUUGAAUUCAGAUUUUUCUUCAACUGAUUUUUAAAAACAUGGUUGUCAAAUCACCUAGUUUAAUUUUAUUUACUCCUUUUUAAAAAACUGCAUUGUUUGUAACACAAUCUUAUAAAUUUGAAAACACUGAUUGUGGUGGCAGCAAUAGCAACACUGAUGGUAUCAGCAUAGCUCUAUGAACAGCAUAUUUAGUUAACCACUGCUGUAGAGAAGGCAGAGGAGUGACAUAUUCUUCAGGGGUAAAAUAGUGUUUAAGAUGUUUAGUUUUUUAAAUUUUACAAGUAAUUGUGAGCAAGAUAUUUUUAAAAAUUAAUAAAUCUAUUCUAUCUAUUGAUGCCUUUGGAAGUACAGGGUCUCUUGGUUUAUAUCAAUCUUCAGAGAAGAAAAAGCCAUUUUAUUGAGGUAAACUUAUUCCAGAUGGCCUAUUUCUCCGGCAGAUGUAACAAGCACUGCAAAAAUGGUUCAAAGAGGCAACUUUAUUUUAGAAAAGGUUUCCUAUCAGUUAAGCUAUAGAUUGCACUAGUGUAGAAUACAGCAGGGUCUCUCUAUGUUGUCAUCACAAAGUACUUUGGAGGAGCAUGUGCAGACAGGCAAAGAGGCAGAAGAUGUUGGAAGACCGGGAAGAGAAAUUGUUUUGUUGUCCAAAUGACUAGUCCAGUGGAUAUUCGCCUGUGUACAUUAUGUAUACUUCUAGAAUUAACUCAUCUGUGGCAAAAGUAGUUUUCUGCCAAUCAGAUAUCAUGAAGUGACCUGAGUGAUCUUAUAGAAUUAUCGUUACCAAAACUGUUCUACUUUCAUAUGGCCACACAAAACCAACUUUCCCAGACAUAAGAGGCUUCUCUACACACAGAGCCACAGCAGUCAUAAUAUGCCCUGUUCUGGUCGCCAGCUAAUAGGAGCACCACCACUACAAAGAGAAAACUUAAUUUUUAGUUUUUGUAAAAAUUAAACUAUAAAUAAAAGGUAAAACUGUUACAGAAACAGUAAAAUGGCUUCUCUGUAAUAUUACAAAAGACAGAGGCAGUUUUUGAGCAUUAGCAAUAGACACAAAAGAUUAUAUUAAAGCAGUUAUAUAUUUAAAGUAUUAAAAAUUGAUUAGGCUGCCUACUCAUUUCUUUUUUAGCUCCGGAAGGAACCAUUUGCCAAAGUGGUUUUGUAGUUAUAACAGGCUAUAUAUUUAAAUUACCCAAGAAUAGAUCUUCCUAAAGCAAACGCAGAACCACAACUCCCAAUUUCUUUGACGUAUAUUUCAUGACAGCCCACACGGUGAAAGAUUUUACUAGAAAAAGAAAAAUCAGAGGUACAAUUUAAUAUGCUUUAUGGCUGUCGAGCAAUUAAAAAAAUUAAUCGCAAUUAAUCGCACUGUUAAACAAUAAUAGAACGUUUUCCACAUUUUCAAAUACAUUGAUUUCAAUUACAACACAGAAUGCAAAGGGUACAGUGCUCACUUUAUAUUAAUUUUAUUAUAAAUAUUUGCACUGUAAAAAUAAAAGAAAUUGUA